AUGACACCCCACGCCGAACCCGACGCGCGAGUUACCCCUGAAGCCGACGCGAACGCUCAUAUUCGCGACUGGCUUCGUGCUUUAUCCGCAGAUAUUUCCUCUGAAAGCCCGAACGAGCUCGACAUUGAUGCCCUCGCGAAGCGCGUCGAUCAAGCAAAGGACGAAGCAGAUCGCGACUCUAGAACCGUGUACCUCCGCGUACCCACAUUCGUAAACGGACAAGACGUCGUACAACUCUUCGACAACGGCGCUUUCGGCAAGUCGCACCGACUGACCAUCAUUGGCGAUGAAGUAUUUGUGAAGCUCCUACCCUCAGCCUGUGCAGUCGUAUGGCCAACCCUCCUCUACCGCUUCCUCAGGCGCAUAGAAUCCGCAGCCGGCUGCUCAGAAGUCGGGCUGGACCCGGAGAACAGCACGCGCAAAGUUAUGCACAGUCGGCAUCUCGGCAUAGAGAUCGCCAGAGAGCCAUCCGGCGCCCUCUGCCCCUCCUCGGUCGCCGAGUAUGAGAACUACUGCCCAAGCGUUCUCGUCGAGAUCGGCACGUCCGACUUUCUCGAGGAUGCUCCCGGGGAGAAGGACUGGUGGGUCUACUUCAGCGAGCAGUCUACGCACGGAAAGCUCGGCCUCAUAAUCCUCAUAAGCCUUUCCAAACCGUCCAAAUCCCUCACUAUAACGCUCUGCCCCGCGCCCUCGUUCACACCGCAUCGAACGCUCACUCUACCGUUCGACGGCGCGCUGCCUGAUACGGCGCGGCUGGAGUUUGAGGCUGAUUGGCUGUACGGGGGCGAGAGGCCGGAGUGGUUUGGUAGGGAUGGAGAAGAAGGGAGGGUCGUGCUGCGGAGGGAGGAUCUGGAGGUGUUGCGGGCGGCUGUUGGGAGACGGGUGUUCCCGAUGAGGUGUUAA